AUGGAACAGAGCCCACAGUGGCAGGAGCUGUUGCGACCCGCACAACAACGUCACGUCCCUUUGACGCACAAUUUCUACGAGGCUUUUUUAAGAAAAAAUCCUGGAUACAAUCCAAAUAUGGAGACGUCAAGCGCACCAAGUACACCAAACUCCAGUACCAGCACAUCUACAAGCACAAAAGAUUCAUCGAUUCCAAGUUCGACACUCAAACUAGGAUCGAAUUCUUCCACCUCAAAACUGGUCAAUGAAAUUAUUGAGUCAAACAAACAGCUUAUUGAAGAAGCAGCGAUGCAGAAGGCAGCGUCUGGAGUCAACGUAACCACCACUCAAUAUAGCAGCUUGAUUCCUCUUUCCUUUGAUCAAGAACAGUUCCUACAGAAUCAUGAGGCGGCGAUGGCUAAGAGACCAAAUAAAUAA